AUGAAAAAAUGCCUCGAAAAUGAAAGAGAACAACUCCAACGAGAGUUAAAUCAAAGACUCGCAGACUGUGGAACUACCCAUGCAACCUCUGUUGCAGAGUUGGAGAAGGUUCAAGCUGAUCUCUCUGCUCGACUCAAUGCUUCUGAGGUUCGCGCCUGCAAUCUCGAAUCCGAGCGUAAUGCUAUUGUUCAGAAGCUCAAUGCAACGGAGCGCUUCCUUAAUGAGCAGCUACAAGAGCGAGAAUUGGAAAGGGAGGAGUACCAGACUGAAGUUAGUACUCUUCAAGGGGAAAUAGCAAGUCUCAGAAACAAGCUGACUGUCCUACAAAGGCAAAGAUCCCUUGAAUCCGUAUCGACUUCUUCUCUGGCUCAUACGCCUCUUGCAAGUCCAAUAAAACCACAAAAGAGUAAAUCACGCCAAAGUGGUAUUCAGAUCCGUGCAACAUCUACACCGGUUACUGUUUCUUCUCAGGGUAAAAUGCGUCCACAAACGCUGACCAGCUCCUUCCUCUCUGUGCCUGAUACAUCAGAUCAUAGUGAUGUUGAUGACUCACCGUCUUUUGAACUCGCCCCGACACCACAAGGAAUAGAGCCUCAGGCGAAUACUCUACCUCGUGAUUGGUCUAUUGCGGUCGUCUUCAAUAGUCAAAAUAAGAUUCCAAUCACAAUGCCGACGACACCGUCUGAUCAUUUCUCUCGACGAACUCCUCGAUCUGAUAUCUUGCUAGAUUCAAGUUGGAGUGAGGAUAGCGAUUAUCAUUCACCCGGUGAUUGUGAGAAUUAUUACAAAAGCCUUUUGGCUGCCAGCCAGUUAGAAGGGUUGGAGGAGGAGUUAAAUAAAAUUGCAGCUCUGCGAUUGGAAAUCGCCCGAUCAGAGAUGAACCUCUGUGGGUCUCGACCUUUGAGUGCUGGAGACGCCCUCCUACGGCAGCAAAUUCAACCUCCAGUAAAAAUGAUUACCACAAGUGUUGGGUGCUCUCCGGUUGAACUUGUGGAUGUAUCUAUUUCCGCUCAGAAUUCACUUUCUCACCGGUCUAGUAGUUCCUUAUCCGAAAUUGAUGAGGAUAUGGAUACAACAGAAGAGCUAGAGGAUGUGGAAACAGUCACUACUACAGCUGCUGCCAUGGGAUUAGUUACCACGGUUACGACAACUAAGAAAAGGCGAAAAAACACGCGACACAAUCCCGUUACAUCAGUUUCCCACAUGAUUACCUCACCUGAGGUCCCGCCGAAUAAUCUUGGUUUGGAUGUGGAGAUGAGACAUGUGGCAGAAUUGCAAGAACUUAGAGAGGCACUUAUUAACGCACAGAACUUAUUGGCAGAGAAGGAGAUGGAGCUGGAAGAUAUGAGAGCUCAACUCGAGCCGCAAAUAAAACCACUACAAGAUAGCGUGGAAGUUCAGACCUUGACUAAGGCUCCUGCUGACGCUGGAGCCUGUUGGUCGUGCAGUUCCCAGCUUACACCCCUUAAUAAGAGCUCCAUAGUCACCAUUGCUGCUGUCUCAACAUCACCAACUCAACAAAUCCCAAUUCCAGUACAAACCCAGGUGCGUUCACGGGAUUCUACCCUUUCACCACCGUCGUUGACUGAACGACAGUCGGAUACAACUUCGGGUUCAAAUGCUGAUGGUUCGGUCUCGAGUGAAUUUGGUGAUGCCGAAGAAGAAGAGGAGAUGUACCAGCAGAUGGAACAUGUGUCAUCGAGUGAAAGCGACCAUCUUGCUGCCGACUUGGAAGAAGCUAGAGCAGAAAAUGAGGCACUAAAGGCGGAGAUUAAUGGUCUUAUUAAUUAUCAGGACGAUCUUCACCGCGACUUUGAGGUGGUUCAGUCCAUGCUAGAAGAGAGGCAGUCAGAAGUUGAACGUCUUCAAAAGGAGCUUCUAGACAUGCCAAUUCGACUUCAAGACGACUUUGAUGCCUCUGUGCGCAAGCUCCAAAAACGCAUAUCUGACAAAUGCGAUGUAGUUGAAGAGCGAGAUGAAGAUCUCUAUGUCCUUAAUGAGGAAAAAGAAGCCCUUGCACAGAGGGUGAAGGAACUGGAGAUUGAACUCGUUACCCUUCGUGAGAAUCUUGAGGCUGGUGUUAAUCGGGAGGACACUGCUUCUCAGACUGAUCCACCCCAUUGUACUGUGGAAUCUGGCAUUCAGGUUGAUUUGGAACACUCCAUUUCAUCACCCAAAGUUGCUGAGCACUCCUACGCUGAUACAGAUUGUGCUAGCGAGGAUGAUCUUCCUUUUGAUAACGACUUUAUCAUCCCUACAACCCAAACUAAUAAACAAUUUGCAACUUCUCAGACCACAGAAGAAACUUUGGCUGUUGUAGAUCAGCUUCAGCAGGAAAGCUGUAGACUUUUGAGUCUCUCAUUAACAGCUGCUUCAACAGAGGACCCCAAUGAUUACAAGUCCCAGUUGAUCAGUCGGCUUAUUGAGGCAAAUAGAAUACUCAAAUCUGUGAUUGAAAACGUGACCAAAGAUCAGGAUAUUUCAACAGCAGAGGAAUCGGCACUUACCACACCAAGAAGCAGGAGUCUUCCAAAUUCCCUCUAUUCCAGUCUUCUCUCUGCGCUUUUAGCCGAUAGGAAGGCCGCCUUUUCACUUCUCACGUUGAAUGUUAUUGAUCAAGCCUCAAGUGCUUCAUUUGUUCGUUCCUCAAAGGGUGGCAGAAUUAAUGAUGUCAUGAAGGCCUUGGCAGCAUAUGCUGCAAUGGAAGAAGAGCGUUGGAAGGAAGUGUCAACGGCACUGACGUCUGAUCGAAAGGGUCUUUUAUCCGAUGUUGAUUCCAUGAAAAGGCGUCAAGUUUCACUUCUUGAAGAAGUGGCUCGUUUGAGUAAUCAACUAUCGGCUCGUGAUACUCUUGUGGCUGAAAAAUCUGCUGAGGUAAAGAAAAUGUCUGAGGAAAUCCAGACGCUUGGGGCGACAAUUUCUGAUCUCCAUAUUCAAGCGGAAGAAGCCAAAAAAGAUAAGGAAAACAUGCUUGUAAUGACAAGAUCUCAAAUAGAAGAGGAGCGCCAGAGAAUAGCAGAACUGGAAUCAACACUUGAGUCUUCUCAAAACGCCCUCCAUGCGGCUCGAGAACGAAUAGGAACUCUUGAAAAUGAUGUGCAGAAAUCUUCUGCUGACUUGAGAUUGGAGCAAAAUAGAAGUCAGUUGGCUGAUACUCGAAUUUCUCAACUCGAACAGGAAGUUAAGGCACUGAAAUCGUCCUAUGUUCGAGUUGGACCGAAAGCAAAUGUCAAUAUUAAUGUUGCUGAUCUGAAACGGAAUUCUUCGUCAACAAUCAGUCAUCUUUCAAGCCAUUUAGCUUCAGUUCGACUUCGAGCUAUUCAGGCUGAGAAGAUGUCUCGAGAUCUUCACACUUGCAAUCAGGAUCUGCGUGUAUCACUGGCUGAAGCUGAACUUGCUCUUCUUCCUCUCUCUCUGGGCAAAGAGAACGGUCACUACUUGGUUAAUGGUGUGGGAAGCGGAAGUGGUAGUUCGAGCGGAGAUGACGAAAGUGCUCCCUAUAGUGGUGUGGAAUCAAUGCCCGCCCCUCGUGCCUUCCCUAAACAGCUCACAGACUCUGGUUUCGCCGAUGCCCCUGCUGGUCUACGUCGCCUCCAUCUUACCUGCAUGAGGCUUCUUCAUCUCGUCUCCUUGGCAACUGGAAGGUCCACUCAUGGAGAUGCCGGUUCUUCUUCCUCAUCUUCAGACAGUUUGAACAAUCCAGCAGAGCUGCUACGUUACGCUGUUCUUGGGGGAAAGAAAACUGACUACGCUGAAGUUCGCGCAGGGCCAGCCGAAGUGUAUGGAUGCUUAGCCGAAAUUGAAUCUCAUGUCAGAGCGAUGGUUGGCGGUGAUGGUGUUUGUGGUUUGAGCAAUAGCUCUGCGCUGAAGUCUAACUCUGCGGCUGCAGCUCUGUUGGCGCAAGCUAAGCAACUUAUCAUCAAUGGAGUUGCCCAACUGGACUCAGGUAUGGCACAAAUCACAGGCUCGGUGGAUGCACCCGAUUCAAUUAGCCAGGUCCUAACUGAUUCCAAAUCUACCCAAUGCUCCCUUGUCACAAAUCAUCAAUCCUCGGGCGAUUCUCGAACAGUCUCCCUUGAAAAGGUCAGUCACAUAUCCCCUUUCUCACUUUUAUCUCAUAGCACUCAUUUCCUUAAUCCUUUGAAAAUUCUAAAGACUCUGGUUUCACCCUGUGGCGAUCAUGUCCCUCCAGGCAGCACCGGAGAACUGUUCCGUCAUAUGUCGGCACGGUACCUACGAAUGGAGUCCUACAGACGAGCGCUCGUCUAUCAAAAGCAGUACCUUUUGCUUCUCCUUGGUGAUUUUCAGCAUUCCGUGCAGAGGGUGACAUCGAGUUUAGGACAGGGUCUACUUAUGGGUACAACGAGUCGGCAGGAUGUGGACGGCAACCCUUUGUCAACUCCACCCCACUGGCCACUGGAAUCUCCCCCUUCUCUUGUGCGGUUCCGUGCUGCCGCUAGGUGUAUUAUGGUAAUUCACAGGGUUAAACAGCUGCGUUUAAAGUGGCUUCGGACAGGUAUCCGCGGUCAUGCACCGGUAUACCUUACUUCGGACAAUCGGACUCCAACAGCCAUGAGCCAGCCGAAUGCGAUUACUUCCCCCGCAUCUGCCUCUACAAAUGUUCCUUCUCAAAUCUCAACGGUUGGAAAAUCACCUCAACUUGUCAGUCGCCACUUCAACCUCUCCCUCCCUUCUCAACGUCGUAGUUCUGACGAAAGAGGUGCUUAUUUACUGACCCCUUCCUCUAGAAUUCAGGAUUUGAGUUUGGGUGUGAGUCAACGUCGAAAUAACUCAACCCCAUCAGUAAAACAGAUACCACGUGGACCAUCUUUCCCUCGGAUGGACACUCAUCAGCAUCACCAAGUGGAAGUUUCGGGAUCUUUUCAGCAACAGCAACAUCAGACCCCUCCAAGUCAACAUCAUCGAGUGCCCACAUCAUCCGCUAGUCUCCCUGAUAACGGCACUGGUGUCGCAACGAGUCGUUAUCGAUGGGAUUCUUUCAGGGGUUGA